CACUCAUGCAGUCAAGCUGUCUGUUGUGUUUAAGGAGUGGAAGUACUUCUUUCCCAGACAAACAUGUUUACCUCUUUUUGUCUUUUUUCUGCAGCCUCAGCCAACUGUUGCCUCCUCGUCUCCUGGAAACACGACACAAAUAUUUUGCCUUCACAAGUAAACAAACCAAAAGUGUGGUUUACCGAGCUAGUCCUCGCGUGUACUUUUUCAGAGUAAUAGCACAGACAUUGUAUUGAUAGGAGUUAUUUGUCGUGGUUACUACAUACUGGAUCUGGAGUGUCAACAGCGUCGUCGACUGCCCCACCAAAGCACGGAGGACCAUGUCAACAAGACAGUUGCAUGUCAGUUCCCCUGCUGGACAAUCGGGCCUGCCGGUCCUCCGCCGGCCACAGCAAUGUUCCUGUCAGUCCUGCUCUCAGCCCCUCAGCCUCCUGGAGCUCCUCGCCCACUCAUACCCACUCUGGAGACACCCAAUGCGAGCAGACCUCCGGCAUGCACACCAGCAUCAGCGAGAUCCUGAAGGAGAAGAGCCUGAAGCCGUCCCGCCGCAGUCUGCCCUGCCUGGUCCAGAGUCAGACCCAUCCCGUCAACCUCAACCACUUCCUGUCUGUACCUUUGAGCCCGGACCCCAAAGCCCAAGUGGAGGUUCUGACUCAGAGCAUCAGCACCUCCUGCAGCCUCCUGCCGCCACAGACAGCAGAGAACAGCAAGGAUGAGUACACAGAGGAGUCUGAAACAAGAGCAUGGGAAACCAGAAUAGACGGAUCACUUCUGCCACGAAAACCUAGCACACGGGCUAAACGUGAGGCCCGCACUGAGUCCCUCAAGGGAAGGAAUCCGUCAGCUGCAUCUGGACUGUUCUUCCGCGAUGGAAAGAAACGCAUCGACUACAUCCUGGUUUACAAGAAGUCCAGCCCGCUGGUGGAGAAGAGGUGCACCUUUGAGAAGAAUUUACGCGCUCAGGGCUUAAUGCUGGAAAAGGAGCCUUCCUUGACGAACAAUGACAUCAUGUUCGUCAAAAUCCACACUCCCUGGGACACACUUUGCAAAUAUGCAGAACAGAUGAACAUCCGGAUGCCUUUCAGGAAAAAAUCCCACUUUACAGACUGGAAAAGAAAAACCUGGGGCAGCCGCUUUCAUCUGAGAUGUCGUCAGAUAAAGAGCUGGCUUCCCAGAAAUCCCAUGAAGCUGGACAAAGAGGCGUUGCCGGACCUGGAGGAGACCGACUGCUAUACUGCCCCCUUCAGUCGAGCACGCAUGCAUCACUUCACUAUCAACAACAGAGAGACAUUCUUCUCCAACUCCACCAGAAGCAGAAUAGUCCACCAUGUCCUGCAGCGCACUAAAUAUGAAGACGGAAAAUUAAAAAUGGGUAUCAACCGGUUAUUGGGCAACAACACAUAUGAGGCUGCCUUUCCUCCACAUGAGGGUGGCUACAAAAGCAGACAUCCCAUUAAGACGCACGGUGCCCAGAACCACAGGCACCUGCUGUAUGAGCGCUGGGCUCGCUGGGGAAUGUGGUGCAAGUACCAGCCUCUGGACCUUAUCAGGCGUUACUUCGGAGAGAAAAUCGGUCUUUACUUUGCGUGGUUGGGCUGGUACACGGGCAUGUUGAUCCCCGCCGCUCUGGUUGGCGUGUUUGUCUUCCUUUACGGACUCUUCACCAUGGACUCCAGCCAAGUCAGCAAAGAAAUUUGUGAAGCAAACACAACCGUUAUGUGUCCAAUGUGUGAGGAGACCUGUAAGCCGUGGACGCUGAGUGACAGCUGUGUCUAUGCAAAGGUGACCCAUCUGUUUGACAACGGUGGCACCGUUUUCUUCGCCAUCUUCAUGGCUAUUUGGGCCACUGUCUUCCUGGAGUUUUGGAAGAGGAGGAGGGCCGAACUGACUUACGACUGGGAUCUCAUUGACUGGGAGGAGGAGGAGGAGGAGCUGCGGCCUCAGUUUGAAGCCAAAUAUUCUAGAAUGGAGAGAAUCAAUCCCAUAUCUGGCAAGCCCGAGCCUUUCCAGCCUUUAUCAGACAAACUCAGCCGGCUCAUGGUGUCUGUGUCCGGAAUCUUCUUCAUGAUUUCCCUGGUCCUGACAGCCGUGUUUGCCGUGGUGGUUUUCCGUCUCAUUGCCAUGGAGAAGUUUGCCUCCUUCAACUGGCAUUUUGUGAAGAAGAACUGGCAGUUUGCCACCUCUGGCACUGGUGUCUGCAUCAACUUCAUGAUCAUCAUGUCUCUCAACGUGGUGUAUGAAAAGGUGGCCUAUCUGCUGACAAAUUUAGAGCAUCCAAGGACAGAGUCUGAGUGGGAGAACAGUUUUGCUCUCAAGAUGUUCCUCUUCCAGUUUGUAAAUUUGAACAGUUCCACAUUCUACAUUGCAUUCUUCCUGGGAAGGUUUGCCGGAAGACCUGGAAAAUACAAUAAACUUUUUAAUCGGUGGCGACUGGAGGAGUGUCACCCUAGUGGCUGCUUGAUUGAUCUGUGCCUGCAAAUGGGUGUCAUCAUGUUUUUCAAACAAAUCUGGAAUAACUUCAUGGAACUCGGUUUUCCGUUGCUGCAGAACUGGUGGUCUCGUCGGAAGAUGAAGAAAGUGGGUGGCGCCGGAGGACAGAAUGUGGAGAGCAAAAGUCAGCUACCUCAGUGGGAUAAAGACUGGAAUCUGCAGCCCAUGAAUGCACACGGCCUAGUGGACGAGUACCUUGAAAUGGUCCUGCAGUUUGGCUUCACCACCAUCUUCGUAGCUGCCUUCCCGCUGGCUCCGCUCCUGGCUCUGCUCAACAACAUCAUCGAGAUCCGCCUAGACGCCUACAAGUUUGUCACCCAGUGGAGGAGACCCAUGCCUGCCCGCGCCACAGACAUUGGUAUCUGGCACGGGAUCCUUGAAGGUAUCGGCGUGCUCGCUGUUAUCACCAACGCCUUUGUCAUCGCCAUCACUUCUGACUACAUCCCUCGCUUCGUAUAUGCCUUCAAAUAUGGCCCCUGCAUGGACAGGGCGUACCGUCAUGACGAUGAGUGCUUGCGAGGCUACAUGAACAGCAGCUUGUCUGUGUUCGACAUGAGCGUGCUGAAGAACAGCAGUGAGUCCGAAUACUGCAGGUACCGAGACUACAGAGCCCCGCCGUGGAACGCGGUGCCGUACGAGUUCACGCUGCAGUUCUGGCACGUCCUGGCUGCCAGACUGGCCUUCAUCAUUGUCUUUGAGCACCUGGUGUUUGGCAUCAAAUCCUUCAUUGCAUACCUCAUUCCGGACAUGCCCAAGGACCUUUGUGACCGAAUGCGCAGGGAAAAGUACCUCAUGCAGGAGAUGAUGUAUGAGGCGGAGCUGGAGCACCUGCAGAAGGAGCGCAAGAAGAACGGACUGCGUUAUCACCACGAGUGGCCUUAACUUUUUACCCCUCACGUCUUCACCAAACGCCACGCAGCCCUCCACUCCCGCUUGCCUGCUUCUGUCUGGAGUUUAACGUUCAGCAGAUUCACCAAAGACUUCACAUGUGACACCUCCGAGCCCCCCGCCCCUCUAAAGCUGCUUCACCGUGAACACUCCGUCCCUCGCCAUCUGCUGCGGAGUUGGCAGCACGCUUGUGUUCCGAUGCCCUCCUCGAUCCAUCGCCUGGCUUCCUGCAGUAGCAUCUACCCCCCUCUGCUGUGUAUCACGGCCUCAGUGCUGUUUCACCGCUGUAAUGUUUACUAUGCAGAUGAAGGGCUGAAGCGGUUCGCUUUGUCAGCCAUCUUGCACUCUCUCUUUCUGUGCGGCAGCUAGCACUUCGUCUGCUUGGACUCGCCAGCCUCGCGCGGUCCGCUGCAUGUUUUCAGUUUUCUCGCCGAGCAUCGGCAAAACCGCGGUGGUUCCAGCUCAUUUCGUGGCGGAGUUCCAAAUAGAACGGACAACGUUCCUGCAAAGUGACUGUAUAUCGCCCUCGAAGCAUGCUGAAUUCUCCUCAUGGCAAGAUGUAAAACAACAGCACUCAUCAUGGAGAAUUGUCAAAAGCAGCUUAGAAAGUGCAUGGUAGUGUUGUUGUCGUGUCCUUUCUUGGUGCCUGGUUUGUGUGCGUGUGUGCGUUUGUUUGUUGUGCUACUGCCGAGCUUGACUGCCUUGCGUUCGCAGGAUGGGAACUUUUCGCGAUAUGAUUGUGCCUACAGUUGUGCGCCGACAUCACGUGUGCCUGUUUGUGCUGCACGUGCGUUUUCAAGUGCAACAAGUCCUCUCUCUCUUAACUUGUUCUGCUGAAGAACCUUCUGGACUCUGCCGACUGGGUUUAUUUUGGACGUGAGUCACACACACUUAGGUACCUACUGCGGUCCAAUGGCUCUAAAACAACAGUGUCUGUCGUAACGUAACUCCCAUUAUGUGCGGCGUAUGCACCCAGGAGCCGCAAAUCUGCUUUUCCCCCUUCCUACGCCCAUGGCCUGUUUUUCAUUUGUUAUUGGAAGGGAUGAAGCAUGGUUGAAACUUGGAUCACUUGGACAUACCUGUGGCUUGGAUGUUCACUGCACAAAGAACAUCGAUCCACCGUUGUUCACUCCCCCCCCCCAAAAAAGCACUUCCACAUUCAUUUUCCAGCAAAGAAUCCCGGCCAGCUACGAUUUUAGCUCCGUUGUGAUGUUAAUUGUUCUGAAGUUUCAACAUUUGGUUGCUUCAAAGGAAAGCCGCCCGUCAUUGUCUUUGCCCAACCACAACAACAACAACAACAACAACAACAGCAACCAAAGCAGGAGUUACACAUUUUGAGGCAAGACUAAAAGCGCUCCAAAUUACAAACAGAAAUAUAUUGCCUAAUUUCCAGUCAGAAUAUGUCAAUAUACUCACAAGAUUGUCUAAAUGCUGGUAAAACAGUCAACAGUGUGGGCAAUAACUUGAGGGAACUAUGGCAAUUGCAAAAUUGUCAUUUUGUCUUGCACAAUCUCAGUCCAUUGAGCAGCUAAGGCAUUAACUAAUCAUGUUUUGUUCGGUAAAAUGUGAUGAUAGAACCGUAGAGUAUACUGCAUCACAAAGAGGAAAGUGCUAAGGCACGUCUCUGUCCUUUGUGGCUUCGAAGAAACAUUUCCCGUGCACUAAUCGACUGCGAAAGUCUGUCCUCUGGAAGAGAACAUUUCACAUAUUUCCUCAGCAGAAAUAGUUUGCGAAAACCAAACAAAUUGCACAUCAGCCGGCUUCCUGCAAUAGAUUGUGUUUCAAGUGUACUCGUAAAAUGUGUCCAAAUAGAUACUCUUACUUAGCAAGACUUGUAUUUUAUUUUCUACAAAUGCAUAAAGAGGUGUUAGAAGUAUUAGGACCUUGAAAAUAAAAAUACAAUUCCAAGAUUUCAAUCUUAAAGAUGUCAUCUGUCACGUUAACAUUGUCGUUUUCCAUUGAUCGCGAAGGUACGGUUCCAUGUGCAGAGGUGAAGCAAAACAAGCUGCUAUCAUAUUGGUUGCGUUCAUUUAAUGUCCAGUGCAAAGCAUGAAUUGCAAAGUUUUUAUUUUUCAUCUGAAAUAGAGGAACAUUUGUUUCGUUAUCACAGAUCCAAGCACUAACACCAGGCCGGUCAGAUAAUAUUGUUGUUGCUUUAAAACCUUGUCUAUCUUGUUGUUAUUUCUCGUAUUAUGAGUAAUAAUUUUCGAUUUUGACUGGAAAUGAGACAAGUAUACAUGGUAUGGUUUUGACUUUUCCCUCAAAGUGUGUAAUGACCGCUACAUCGAAACACAAAAGAACAGAUGAUUCUAGACGUUUUGAAGGGAAAUGAACCACAAUUUCAAAUCCGGCCUCGCCUGUGUGGAGUUUGCGUGUUCUCCCCGUGCCUGCGUGGGUUUUUUUCUCCACAUCCAAUAAACAUGCAUUGCAGUUUAAUUAAGGACUCUUAAAUUGUUCAGGGUGUACCCCGCCUCUCGCCUGAAGAUAUCUGGGAGAGGCACCAGCGAACCCUAGUGAGGAUAAGCGGUACGAAAAAUGGAUGGAUGGAUGUUACAUUUACAAAAGCAAACGGGAUACAAAGAAAAUAAUAGAUACUAUGUCAGUAUUGUUGGGAAAAAUAAUUUGUACUGUUGAUUUUUUUACAUUCAAUAAUCCAAUUAUGUUGCUGUUCUACAGUAUGUAUAUAUAUUUCAUGACGUAUUUGUUAAUUUUCCUGUUAUUUUGUUUUUGUUAUUCGUACUCACCCUCAGAUGUCCUGUCUGCAUUUCUCAGGUGUCCUCUGAAUGACUGCUAAUGAUCAACUUUUCAAUCAUAUUUUCUACAAUCACAAUCAAUUGGUGCACAUGCAAAGAUGCACCCACUAAAAGCACGCUUUUGUUUUUGUUUUGUGUUGUUUGUCUUAGUAGAUAAAUCUUAAGCAUAUUCCACUUUAAAAAAAAAAAAAAAAAAAAAAAACACCACAACAAAGAUUGCGUUCAUGCUUUUCUAACCGAUAAUGUCAUUUUAAAGUCCUUUUUAUUCACUCGAGGGAGACUAAUCGUUAGGGAGCUAGUCGAGGUUACCUGCUAUGUGAACAUCGAAAAUCUAUGCAUGUUGUAAUCCUUGUACAGUCCAGUUUGCAUGAUUUAGUGCCUCCUUUGAGCAGCACUUACAUCAGUAAGUUUGUCUUAAACAUAUCGCAAACGCAUUUUUUCCAGACUGAGUAUUUUAGGAAGCCUAGACAAAAUGUAAUUUUGGUGGAGGGACAGAAUUUUAUACAGUGCCGCUAUUUUCUAGAUUUAAAAAAAAAACAAAAACGAGAGGAUUUAUUAAAUCUGUUCAAAGAUGAGUCUUAGAAAUGUAGACCCAGAUUGACAGAGUUGUUUGAAUUGGAAUUCUGUUACCCCCUAAGCUGUCAUGGAUGAGCUCCGUCACACUAGUAUGAAGUCGGCACAGCGACAAUAGCACAAUGUGGGCAUUGUAAUGAUUAGUAAUAACGGCAUGACGUUGCACUCUCUGAAAAGAGUGGAAUUUACUUGAGCAAGUUUUUACUUUUUCAUGAGCGGCAGGAUGUGACAUGAAGUGUAUUAGUAACAUGGUUUACUUCGUUCUUGUUUACAUGUAAAAAAAACAGUAUAUAUUGAAAUGUAUCAUAAGAUCAUUUGGAUAUCCCUCUUUUCUGUAAUAAACCAUGGAUUGUAUCUUUUAAAUUGGAAUCGGUGCUAUUUAUUGCUGUAUUAUAGUAAUAACACUAGGACUGUCAGUCAUAUGAGUGUCUGGGGGGGAAUCAGAUAUGUGUGUG